AGAGCAACAUUUUAUUUGACCGUCAAUUAUCCUUUAAACUCAGAUCAGAUUAUUAUUCGUUUUGUGUCUUUCAAUAAAUUAAAUUUGUCUUGUAAAAACUUAACUAGUAAGUUUUAAAUCAAAAGUAAUAUCUUUGCAGUAUAAAAAUAAAAUGAAAUUCCAAAGAAAUUGUCAUGAGAAGAACGAUUUAUCAAAAUACAUUAUAACAAAGGAGGAUUCCAUUUGCCGCAUUCAAAGUGCAAAACAAUCAGAGGCUUUGAAAGAUAUUGCAAAAAAAGGACAAUAUGAGGAACUUUUAAAUCAAAAACAUGUAAACUGCACGUUAUCAUCAGAAGGACAUUUUAUUCGCGCUCAUUCCCAAAUUCUUAUUGCGUCUAGCUGUUAUUUCAGUAAACUCAUUAAAAAUUGGAGAACAAGCAACGAAGCUAUAAUCCAAUUCCAUGGAAUCCCAUUCAUGAAUAUUUGCCUUAUUCUGAAGUACAUUUACACAGGUCAUGUUUCCAUGGCGGAGAAUCGUCUCGAAAGCUUCUUAGAAUUUGCAGAAACAAUGGCAGUUAUUGAAAAGGACAAAAAAGAUCUAAUGAAAAUAAGUCGCCGUUCUAAGGAAAUAGAAAGAAAAAAUAUGAAAACCAUGAAAACUGAAAUAAAUUCGACCUUUUCAACUGAUCAUAAAUCAUAUUAUGACAAUACAAAGUCUCAAUUUCAACAAGUUACAAUUGAAAUCGUAAAAAAUAACAAAGACAAAGAUGAUUCAAAAGUAAAUAUUAUUGGCCACAUCAAAAAAGCGUCAAAAGUGGACCGUACUUGCAAUGUUUUCUUUCAAGAGUUUAUGAGUAAAGAAAAAAAUAAACAUGCAAUUUCGGGUUGUCCAGUAGGUAAAGGAAGAAGAAACUUGGAUCGUAAUGCCAUCAAUCGACUGACAGACAUCGAGUUUAGGCAAUAUGCGUACUCAUUAGAAGUCCCUGGGAUACGCCCAAAACCGGUUAGAAUUGUUGAUAAUGACUCGAUGAGCAAUGAUGAUGAUGAUGAUUGUUAUGAAGAUGAUGGUAAUGAACAUGAUGUUGCAAUGAUCGAUGAUUCAACAAUUGAUGACUUCAACAUUGCUGAUCUUUUCUUGGAUGAUGAAGGCAAUUAAUGGAAAGCUUUAGUUAACUUAUAAAUAUAUUUAAAAAUAAAUUAAUAAUAAAUAAAUUUUUAUUUUCAACUUUUCACUACUAAAUUCCUGAACAAUAACUUUUGAUUACACUCAUUGUUAACCACAUCCAAUUUUCAUUCUGAAGUUUCAAUUUCCUUGAAAACUUCCUAAUGCAUGUGAUUUUCACUUCAAUUAUUCGAAAUAAAUAUUUUUAAGCUUUCAACAAAA